UUAGUGAAGAAGUUCUCACACUUCACCAUUGAAUUCUCUGAAACUAUUCUCAAACUUUGUGUGUCAAAGCUUCUAGUUUAAGUGCCUUUUGCCUACAUACAUUAUGUGGUAUUAUCGCUGCAAAAUUGCAUCCAUUCAUAAAUGGUCGAAAGGAAUUACUCUUCUUCGAGGCGCGACAGCUGCUACAUUCAUAUAUACACCUAAGGCCUACUAUGGUGAUUAUAUGUGCUCUAAAGAUAAGAAAAAUCCUGAUAUUCCAGUGGCUAAGUGCAUUUCUAAAUAUUUCAUUAAGCCAAACCACGAGGUUGAGGAAUCAAAACAACACUAUCAUUUAGCUCCUCAUGAUCUCUCAUUGCUUUCUUCCCACCACAUACAAUUUGGUCUCCUAUUCAACAAACCAUCACACACAAAAAAUCAAGCCUUUUCGAUCCAAUUGUUCCUUGAAAGGCUAAAGAAAUCUCUUUCUCUCACCCUCGAUCAUUUCUACCCACUAGCAGGUCGGCUUGUCACCGAGGUAGAUGAGGACAAGCAUGAAAGCAUAGUGUAUGUAGAUUGUAACAAGGGUCCUGGGGCUAGAUUCAUUCAUGCCGCUUUAGAUAUGACCAUUUCUGAUAUUCUCUCACCAAAAAAUGUUCCUUUAGUAGUUCAGUCAUUUUUUGACCUCAAUGAAGAGACUGUGAACUACGACGGAAGUUCAAAACCUUUGUUGACGGUUCAGGUCACUGAAUUACUGGAUGGUAUAUUUAUCGCUUGUUCGGUAAACCAUUGUAUUACAGAUGGAAUUUCAUACUGGCACUUUUGGAACAUAUGGUCUGAGAUACAUAGAGGAAAUAAUGAUGAAAACCAUAUAAUUUGUGAGUCACAUCUGCCUGUCUACACCCGUUGGUAUCCUGAUGGGCAUGGUCCUAACCCGUUCCGGAUUCCCUUCACUCACCCAGAUGAAUUUGUAAGAAAAAUUAAACCUCCUCAACUUAGUGAUCGGAUAUUCCAUUUCUCAUCUGAGUCUAUAGCAAGGUUAAAAGUCGUAGCAAACGAGCAAGGUUAUGCAAAAAAUAUAUCUUCUUAUCAGUCCUUGUGCGCUCUUGUUUGGAGGUCAACGGUUAGAGCAAACCGCCUAUGCCACGAUCAAAUUAUCCAUAAUCACUUGAUGGCGAACAACAGGCAUAAAUUAGACCCACCUUUACCAAAGUAUUAUUUUGGUAACUUUUUUCAGCCAUUUACAACAAGUGUUACAGUGGGUGAAUUACUUGAAAAUGAUUUGGGAUGGGCAGCCUCAUUGCUGCACCAGUCUGUGGUAAGUCUCAAUGACAAGACUGUGCGCGGAUUUGUCAACGAAUGGUUGAAGUCUCCAUUUUUUUACUACCAUGCCGAGGGACUUGACCGCAGCAAUGUAGCAGUGGCAAAUUCACCAAAAUUUGACAUGUAUGGUAACGAAUUCGGGUUAGGGAAAGCAAUAGCUUUUCGUACCGGACAUGGAAACAAGGGUGUUGGGUUGGUGUUUGCUUGCCCGGGAAGCGAAGGAGGAGGAAGUGUGGAUCUAGAGAUAUGUUUGCCACCUGAUUCGAUGGAUGCUCUCGAAUUAGAUAAGGAAUUCAUGGCCUUUGUUUCAUUGCCAUAGUAAUAAGGAUAUAUGGAUUAAUUAAGGUACGGUCUAUAAAUAAAGAAUUAUGUGCAUGGAGUGUUAUUUUGGGUAACAGAAGCGUUGUUAAUUUCUUCUCUUAUUGUUGAUUUUUUAGUUUUUCACUUUGUUCUCCAGUUGUUUGAAUAAUUUUGUGAGUUUAUAUCUUCCUUAACGUUUUUGAUAUACACGUACAUACACUUGUCAAUAUAUAUUAUACAAAGUAUUAUGAUUGCCAUUAUUG